GGUUCGUGGCGAGUCAACCGCAUGAUGACAGUGAUGAUUUGAUUCACCUUGACUCCAAUUUCGCAGUUGCCGCCUCUGUUGGGCUAAUGUACGAUUGGGCGCUUACGUUUGGACAAGAGGUUAAACUGAUCUGGAGGCAACGCUGGUCCCUGAUGACCUUUCUCUAUCUCAUUUGUUCCGACUAUUUCGACGACAGAUGCAGUGAGUAUUCCACACUGAUGCCUUCCAUGCCUGUCGAAACACUGAACUACCAUGCAGGGGUGAGCCUUAUCGUAAACGACGGGCUUUACUGGAUGGCUGACAUUGUAAAUGUAAUACUUGGCGUCAUCAUGAUCACUCGGUUACAUGCCAUGUAUCAGCGAUCAAGAAAGGUGCUGAUAUUUCUCGUCGUCAUCUUUCUGGCCAUCAGAGUCGCCAGCGUAGUGAUGGUCGCAAUAAGGAUGAUGCAGAUUUCAGGGGAGGAAUUCGUUCUCUACGGCACCUAUCAGUGCAUGUUUGACUCCGGGGGAGAUUUCAUAUUUCUCACUUCCAUGACUUGGAUACUUUUUACUGUAUGGGAGGUCCUUGCACUGUGUCUCGCGGUCUGGAUCGCUGUAAAGCACUUCCGUGAACUGCGACAACACUCAACAAGAGGUAUUAUCGGUGACUGUUUCACGGUGCUAAUGAAAACGCAUGUGAGUUACUUUGUGAGUUUUUUGGCUAUCUCUUCCUUCAAGAUCGGUUUCAUCUUUUCAACGCUCUUAGCGGACCCAUAUUCCCCGGAAGCUCAGAUUUAUUAUGGUUUCGUUCAAAUAUUCCAGGUUGUGGAAUUGUAUGUGCUGGGACCACGCCUGAUCCUCGGUGUUCGAGAAUAUCACGCUGAGCUCGUGGCCAACUCUGAUACGGCAACCACUAUGACUUCAAUUGCUUUUCAGGAGCACGUCCAUGUGUCAACCAGCAGUAGUGUAUAGCGCAGGAGAUGCUCGAUAUGAUUGAUUCGCGAUGGGGGAGGGGGGGUAGUGUGCAGGGAGCGGGAG